GACUACGUUAGUGUGCGUUGUGUAGUGUCGUGGAAGAGACGUUCAGUGUCGCUGCCAUCAUGAGCAUGGAACGCAGAUCCUGUACUGGCUCCGCACCCCAUGUCACCAAGAGGUUGUGUGCCACUCUCAUGUUCUUUAUAGGCAUCGUUUGUAUAUUCGGAGGCUAUUUACUGGGACGAAUGGCCCGGCACGAAGUGAGGAAGAACAACGACAUACUUUUCAUCAACUUGACGAACGCAGCCGAGAAUUUAUAUAAAAAAGCCAAAAUAAUAUCACCCAAAGCCGUCCAUCACAACGGUCCGGACAAAAUAACCGCCAAAUUGUUGGACGCAUUCCAUUGCAACGUACCCGAGUGCGGGGUUAUAACACACAACAAUUUAGCUCAUUUUUUGAAUAAUCUAUUAAAUCACGAAGUGUCCAAAUUAACCAGAUCUAUAAACAACUCCUCUCUCUAUUUAGAUUCAUUAAGGUGACACUUGUCUUAAAUAUAUUUUCUAGCGGAAUACACUAUAUGCCAUUAAGUAUUAAAUAUUAAUAAUAUUUAACAAAAGUCAUUUUUUGUUGCCAUAUUUUAUAUGUCUAAUAAUCGUUUGACUAUUUGAGACUUUAAUUUUAAUGCCAAUAAUUAUUGCAUAGUCAUAAGUUUUUUUUAAACUUAAGUUUUAACGAUAAAAUAGUAAAUAUUAAAAUGUGCUACUUUUAUGAAUUUUAGAAGGAAUUACAAUUUUUUUAUGUUCAUAUGCUUCGUACUGGUCAAGAACCAGGAUCUCGGCAUUAAACUAAUAUUCCAAAAUAAAAUUAUAAAGCGACCAUCUGCCUUAAGUUAGUUCGUAAAAAAUGAGACUACGUUUUGUAUAUGCUUUAAAACCUUACAUUUAGGGCCGGGUAAUGAGUUACACUGUUUGUUAUCGUCGAAUAUAUUCAGUGAAGUAACGUUUUUGGUGUUAAAAGUGGACUUUUAAAGUCUAAUAAAGAAUAAAACGAAGGGUUCUUUGAGUUAAUUGUAUGGAAAACAUAAAAAUUAUUCCAAUUUACGAGAUCUCUGUUGGCAUCUUAUAUAAUUUUGUGUUAUUUCUAAUGAAAAUAUUCGUCACCUUUUGAAAACCAAUCAUCAUGAUGAUUGAUAUAACUUCCAGCGGAUGCAAAAAAAAACAGGUAUAUUAACCAUGUUUUUAAAUUUCAUUUUCUUCUUCAAUAAUUAUUAUAAUAUGAGUAAAGCGAAAAUGUGCAUUUUUAAUGAUUUCGUUAGUGACUUAUAAAAUAUAAACAAAAAGGAAAUUGACUUAUACAUACAUUAUGUAUUUAUAAAGAUAUCUGAAUUUUCUUAAUUAAAUGUGGAAAAUGUGACACAUAUUUAUAUUCUUAUUAUAAUGACCAAUUCACACGUUGGCAAUGUGAAAAAAUAUUGUUGUUUUUAAUAUUAUAAUCCUUUAAUAGAUACUA